AGAUGGCGACCUCCAUUGGAUAACACGCACACGAUUUGAUGGUUGAGGAAACGGACUUAUUAUCAUUCAAGUAGUUUAUUUAAAGAAUGUUGCACAUAUGCUGAUUAAGCAGGUACAUUUGAUCCGCUUGAUUGCUGAUUGCUCCAAACUACUGAUCAGGAGAUACCCGAGAUCCAAGAUGUCAACAACUACAGCAACAAGUGGGUGUGGUGCUGAUACAAAGGUAGAGAAAACAUUGCAAGGGUCCGAAGUCAAGUCAGAGGGCAUACAGGAAACCACAGGCGAGAAACGCAAAUUGGAAGGAGAGGAGGUGACGACUUCAGUGAAGAAAGAAAAGACAGACCAAGCACCUGUGACUGAAACAGAAACAGCCCCUCUGAAGAGGAGAAAGGUGGCACUUUUCAUGUCUUAUAGUGGGAAAGGAUAUUUUGGUCUUCAGAGACAGAAGGAUUUUCCUACAAUAGAAGGAGCCCUGGGAAAGGCACUGCUCAGUGUGGGUGUGAUAUCUAAACAAGAUGAGGAGAUGCCACAAAAGAUGGAGUUCCAGCGGGCUGCCAGGACCGACAAAGGAGUGUCUGCAGCAGGAAACCUCAUCUCCCUAAAGAUGUCUAUGCAUUUGGAAAACUUCUUAGAAGAAAUCAACAAAGUUUUACCUCAACAGAUCAAGAUUCAGGCUUGUAUUAGGGUAACCAAGGCAUUUAACAGUAAAAAUUACUGUGACGGAAGGACAUAUAGUUACCUGACUCCAACGCUAGUUUUUGCUCCUCAUACACAGGCAGUUACAGAAAAAUAUAGAGUUCAAGAUGAAACCCUCGAACAAGUUCGAGAAAUUAUAAAGAGAUUUGAGGGAACUCAUAACUUUCACAACUUCACAUCAGGAUUGAAGCCAACAGAGGCCAAAGCUAAACGAUACAUCAUCAAUUUUAAGUGUGGUGAGCCGUUUGUACAAGAUGACAUGGAGUUUGUACAGCUUACAGUUCGUGGACAGAGCUUCAUGCUUCAUCACAUCCGCAAAAUGAUCGGUUUAACAAUUGCCAUUGUGAGGGGUUGCUGUGGUGAGGAGGUGAUAGAGAAGAGUUAUUCUGUCGUCAAGGUGGAUAUUCCCAAAGCUCCUGGAAAUGGUCUCAUGUUGGAGGAGCUGCAUUACCAUCAUUAUAAUAGGAGAUAUGGAACGGAUGGCAUACACGAAGCUCUGGACUGGACUAUCUACAAAGAAGCAAUAGACAAGUUUAAAGAGGAACACAUCUACCCAGAAAUGAUUAGAUCCGAAAAAGUGGACCAAUCCAUGGUGACAUGGCUAGCUACAUUAGAUCACCAUGAAUAUGAUGAAAUACCUCCAGAAAAAUUGUUAAACUGGAAAUUCAAAGAGAGUGAUGAAAACAAUAAAAAAGGAAAAUCUACUUCGAGUUCUGAAAAACCAGACUGUACAGGAGAGACAACAUCAGAUAACACAUCCUCUUCUACUGAAAACGGAAAGGAAGAUGUAUUGGACCAAGCUAAAACCAAGAAUGCAGUGGACAGUCCAGAUAACCGAUCUGUAGAGUCUAAGAACAUGAUGGUGAGCUCUGCGGAGGACGUUCCGUCUUCUUGUAACAAGGACAAGGACGUUCCGACUUCCUGUAAUAAGGACACGGACAAAUCAGCUGAUGAAGCUGUGAAUGACAAGGAAACAGUUAACAAAAUGGAGGUGUCAUGAUAAUGACCUUGACACAUAGACCUAAUAAUGUGAUAAAGGGUCAAGGUGAAUGCCAAAUCCACUAACCUGGUACCUGGUGUACUGGUCUUGUGAGGUGUGAGAUCCAGGAGGCACUCAUGUUUAGUUAUGAGCAGGAUAAGUACAUGUUUACAGAGUACAUAUCUGUUGACUUGCUACUAGUCUCUGCAGUGAGGAUGCAGGACUACAAGACAUAUAUUGGGAGCUUCGGUAAUUGAUGUUUCCUACUGAAUUUUGAAUUCUUACAAGUGACAUUGUAUGAGGUAAUGUCACUUUACAAUUGUGAUUUCACAAAAGGGACAAUAAAAGCAAUGACCAAUAUGA